AUGUCACCUGCUUUCAACUUCAUCACGACGCCUUUUCCAUUCCAGUCCCGGCUGUUAGGCGCGAGACAGGAAGAGUUCUUGAUCGUGGGAAAGGUGGCAAGUUUUCUGAUACUUGCACUGAUCUUGUGGCGAUUAUGGAGGUUCACGGUCUCGCCUUUCUUGCAUCCUGAACGGCCUAAAGAAUUUCCUUAUUGGGUCCCGUGCCAUGGCCGAGCUUUUUUCCAGGACUCGAAUGGGCUGAUUGCUAGGGCUAGAGACCAUUUUCGAUAUACGCAAGAGCCCAUCGCCUUGACGGCGUUCGGCGUAACUUUCUACGUGGUCACGCAAACUAAACAGUCGGCUGAGGUGUAUAAGAACAAAGACACUCUGUCAUUUGAGAACUUUGUUCAAACGCUCAUGAGAAAUAACGGCAACGAAGAAGAUGUCAUUCAGCUCAUGUAUUCCUCUCUCCCGGCGGACAAAUUCGGUUUCCCGAAUCCAUAUGGCGAAUCUCUAGGGGUUCUGGCUCAAAAGAUGCACGCUCAUCAACUUCACCCAGGUGAUCAGUUAGCCCUUCUGCAGAACCAGGUCACUCAGCGUAUAGAUUACCUCUUGCGCUUAGACACGCUUCUCGGAACGUGCAGCCCGUAUGCGACUUCUCGCAGCCCACAGCACAUUGAAUUUCCUCUCUAUAAAUGGUGCUCCGACUACUUCAUCCGUCUCGGUCAGCAUGUCUACUUUGGUGAAACGCUUGAUCAGAUCGAUCCCACUCUUCCAGAGGUAUUCUUGGAGUUCGAUGAGCUGAUCUUCAAGAUGCUGUACCAGUUCCCGAGUUUCUUGUCCCAUGACAUGUCCAAGCCCAGAGCUCAGGUGAUUGCUUCAUUGAAAAAGUACUUUCAGGUGCCCCAGAGCAAGAGAAGAAACAGUGCUGCGUGGCUGAUCAGCGCCAUGGAAGACGAGAUGAGAGCACUCGGAGUUGAUGAUGAUAAUUUGGCUGUAGUGAUUUUCCAUCUUUACCUUGCGAUCAAUACGAAUACAAGGAAGAGCGUCUUCUGGAUGCUGACCUACCUUCUUCAUAAUCCCACCCUUUUGGCUAGAUACCGCCAGGAAACAGGACCUGCUUUCAAGGACGGCGAACUAACUGACGCAUUGUACAUUCAAAACCCUGCCACCUGCCCAGAAGUUGCCAUGAUAUGGCAUGAGACACUCCGGCUCUCUGGCUGGGCAGCUUCGGUCCGGCUGAUCAUGGAAGACACAAUGAUCGGCGGAAAACUCAUGGGCAAAGGUAAUCGUGUGAUCGUGCCUCAUCGACUGCUACAUUUCGACGAGAGCAUCUUUGGUGCGGAGCCGCACACGUUUCGGCCCGAGCGAUGGCAGCAGAAGGAGAAUCUAGAACGCAGCCCGUCGUGGCGGCCGUUUGGUGGCGGCCAGACCAUGUGCAGCGGCCGCUACCUGGCGCGUUUCUCGGCGACGACCUUUGUGGCGAUGUUGUUGCAGCGCUUCGAUGUGGAGAUGGUGGGCAGUCCGAAGCUGCCUGCGGCAGACGAGGGAAGACCGGUGUUGGGUAUCAUGUCGAUUAAGAAGGGACAUGAUUUCAAUGUCCGACUCUCGCUGAGGAGGAAAGAUAGCUAG